CGCGCUCACACUUUCGAUACUGACGACAGACUUUCGACGACGACUGCCACUCAUGGAGCAGCAGUACGACGCCGGCUUCGUGGCCGCGCAUCGCCUGCACUCGCUGCCGGAGUCUAUGUACUACUUCCCCGACUUCAUCACAGCGAGCGAGGAGCAGCAGGUUCUACAAAAGCUCCCCCCAAACCGCUGGACGCACCUCGCGCACCGCCGUCUCCAAGCCCACCCUAGCGCGCUGUCCGCCCGCGGCGCCCUCCUCGCUGCCCCCCUCCCGCCGUACCUCGCCGCCGCCCCGCCUAUACUCCCCCGCCUGGAGGCGCUGGGCCCGUUUGCCGGGACGAAUGGAUUCGUGGCUACGCCGCAUGGCAGGCCGAACCAUUGCCUUGUCAACGAGUAUCGUGCGGGCGAGGGCAUCAUGAUGCACGAGGACGGCGGGGCAUACGCGCCGGUGGUCGCGACGGUCAGUCUGGGCGGGGCGGUGGUGCUGGACGUGGUGGUGAAGGCGCAGGAAGGUGAGGGCAAGGCAGAGGACGAAGCACAACAACGGCAGCGCAUCCUGUGCGAGCCGCGCUCGCUGCUCGUGACGACGGGCCGCGCCUACGUCGACGCGCUGCACGGCGUGCCUGCGGUCGCGGCCGACGAGGACUUGGGCGCUGCCACGGUGGCGAACUGGGCGCUGCUGGGGAGCCCGGCGCGGUAUGCUGAUGCGGGCGGCAGGAACGAGCGCGCGACCCGGGUCAGCUUGACGUAUCGCGAUGUGCUGCGGGUGUCUUGGGCCGGGGGCCUGGGACGGAUGCUGGGGGGAGGCGGCGGUGGUGGUACGUAGACGAGGGCCAGGAAUGCGAGAGUCAGGCAAUUUGGUUACGAAUUCGUGAUUGUACUUUGGUGCGAAAGGCGUGUCCGGCUCGGGCUGGUUGCGCCGUUGCACAAACGGGCGAGUGAUCGGCCCUUACACCACGUGGUCCGGGCUCGAUAGCUGGCGAUAAGAAAGGAAUCCAUGUCGAUGCGGGGGGGGAUGGAGGGAUGGAGAUGGAGAUGAUGGAG